CCUCGUUAUCAGCUUGCACACGCAGCCUGGAACCAAGAAGUUGACCAAGUGGGGCACUCAGCCAGUCGGAGCGCCGAAAUCGACACGCCAGUCGGUCAGUCCGCGCUGCAGACCUCGACGAACGCACUCCAACGAAGAGAUCGCGACAAGUGCACCUUAAAAAAAAUAAAACAAGUAAGGCUCACCACGGAAGUACUGCGGGAGGUGCGAAAUCAGUGCGCGGUCGAUUUUUAAAUACCAAUUGUGAGUGGUGCAGUGGAGUGUUUUUAAUUUUGGAAUUUUUUCGAUUUUUUUGGGUUUUGGGAUCAGGAAGGACUUUUAAAUUAGAAUCAGAAAAUGGGUCUCAAAAUCGUCGAUUAUUGGCUCAACAGAUCCUUUUACAAGUUGGGACUCAUCGUUGGUAAAUACCCGGGGUACUUUCUGAUCGUACCGAUCCUCCUCACACUUUUGGGAAUGACUGGGUAUCAAAGGCUGCACAACAACAUCGAUCCCGAGUACCUGUUCAGUCCCAUAAAUGGCGAAGGGAAAUACGAACGAGCUGUGGUGGAGGAGUUCUUCAAAGUUAACUACAGCGAAAAGUUUAACGUUGCCAGGAUUACAAGAGCAGGGCGAUUUGGAAGGGUCAUCCUGACGAGCAAGGACGGCGACAGGAACAUGCUGCGCGCCGACGUAUGGAAGGAACUGCGCCUUUUGGACGGGCUGAUCCAAAACAUGACAGUUUACCACAACGAAGAGUACUACACCUACAAAGAAAUUUGUGCCAAAUGGAUGACGGAAUGCUUCCAGAACGACAUCCUCAACUUAGACUACAUCAUCGACGAGGUUGAAGCCAAAACGAUAAACCUCACGUUCCCUCUAAUGUUUAAUCCCGUUACUUGGGAUGCCCACGCCUUCCCAGUUUUCUUUGGAGGCACCGAAGUCAGUGAAGAUGGCCUCAUUAUUAGCGUGCCAUCAGUUCAAUUGGUGUAUUUUGGCAAUGCUGAUAGCAAAAAAUUGGACGAGCUUGGAGCAGCUUGGGAGGACGCCUUUUUGGAUUUGAUAGAAGACGUACAAGACAAACAGAACAUAUUCAAGCACAUAAGGAUUGCCAGGUUUGCUUCCAGAACUUUAGAUCACGAACUCGAGAAAAAUACAAAAUCUGUUGUGCCUUAUUUCACCUCCACCUUCAUUAUAAUGGCUGCAUUUUCAGUGGUUACUUGUAUGAUGACUGAUUGGGUAAGAUCUAAACCAUGGCUUGGACUCCUUGGCAAUUUGAGUGCUGCCAUGGCCACCCUAUGUGCCUUUGGUGUUUGCAUGUACGCAGGUGUCGAUUUCAUUGGUAUAAAUCUAGCUGCACCAUUCUUGAUGAUAGGAAUCGGUAUCGACGACACCUUUGUAAUGUUGGCCGCAUGGAGGAGAACAUCAAUAAAGCAACCUGUUCCGGAACGAAUGGCCCAGAUGUUGAGCGAAGCUGCCGUAUCCAUCACUAUAACAUCAGUGACAGAUUUCUUCAGUUUUUGGAUCGGUAUUUUCAGCCCGUUCCCAUCUGUAACUAUCUUCUGCAUAUACUCCGGAGCUGCCACUUGUCUGCUCUUUAUUUGGCAUCUGACUUUCUUCGCCGCCUGCGUUGCCAUUUCCGGCUAUUGCGAGGAAAAAAAUCUUCAUUCCGUGUUCUGCUUUAAAGUUCAGCCCUUGUCGAAAUCAUAUGACAGAUGUUGGCUCUACAGGGUCUUCUGCUCUGGAGGUGUUGAUCCCGACGAUGUGGACAAUCCCAUCGAUAACAGAGAGCAUGGAUUCAUGGUAUUUUUCCGAGAUUAUUUUGCUGCUUGCAUCAACAAUGGUUGCUUCAAAGUCAUCGUUAUCUUGGCCUUCGGCGUUUAUCUUCUGGGAGCCGGAUAUGGGAUGACCCAAAUAGAAGAAGGUUUGGAAAGGAGAAAGGUGGCCAAAAAUGAUUCAUACGCCAUCGAAUUCUUCGACAGGGAAGACGACUACUACAGAGAAUUUCCAUACAGGAUCCAGGUCGUGAUAGCAGGAAACUACGAUUAUUCUGACCCGAAAAUACAGCAACAAGUGGAGAACUUAACUCAGACCUUUGAAAACACAUCCUACAUCUCUAACGGACUAUACACGGAAUCCUGGCUCAGAAGUUUCCUCCAGUACGCAGAAAGGAACCAGGACUACCUAAACAUAUCGGUUAAUACCAAAAAGGACUUCAUUAAAACACUGAAGGAACUUUGGUUGACACCUACGAGUCCAUUUGGCUUAGACGUUAAAUUUGAUGAAAAAGGAGAAAACAUAAUUGGUAUGAGAUACCUGAUACAAGCUGUGAAUAUUUCUGGUACAGAACACGAAAAAGAGAUGGUCAGGGCUAUACGGAAGAUAUGUGCGGAUUCACCUUUAAAUGCCACAGUUUUCCAUCCAUACUUCGUAUUCUUCGACCAGUUCGAAUUAGUUAGGCCACUUUCAAUUCAAAACAUGUUAAUUGGAGCUGUAAUUAUGAUGAUUGUGUCCUUCAUUUUCAUACCCAACUUCUUGUGUUCAAUAUGGGUGGCGUUCAGCAUCAUUUCAAUAGAAGCAGGAGUGGUAGGGUACAUGGCGUUGUGGCAUGUUAAUUUGGAUUCAAUUUCCAUGAUUAACCUUAUUAUGUGUAUAGGAUUUAGUGUCGAUUUCACAGCUCACAUUUGCUAUGCUUACAUGUCUUCCACAGCUAAGACUCCAGAUGAAAGGGUGAAAGAAGCAUUGUACGCAUUGGGAUUACCUAUUUUCCAAGGAUCAGUUAGUACCAUCUUAGGAAUGAUUGCCCUACUAUUGGCUAAUAAUUAUAUUUUCUCCGUAUUCUUCAAAAUGGUGUUCCUGGUUGUCUUUUGUGGAGCUAUGCACGGAUUGUUCUUACUGCCAGUUCUUCUGUCAUUAUUUGGACCAGGAUGUUGCUCUAGAACUGAUCCUGAUGAAGAGAUCAAAAUGUCCAACGUGGAAAAAGCUUUGCCACAUCCGUAUUGCAUUCCGCACCCUCAGUUUACUUUAAAUGGCAGCAAUUUAGGCAACGCUCUUAAGAAUCAGGCUGUGCCGAGUAUCGAAAGAUACAACAAGAAACCUUUUAAAACUUUUACUGAUGUUGACAAGGAUUUGGGACUUGGAACGUCUGAAGAAAAUUCAAGUGAAAGUUCGAGCAAUUCCCAAAAGAAACAACCAGUAGACGACACUUUAGACAAAAGAUACAGGGAAGCAUGGAGAAGAAACUCAGACAUGACCAUCAGUGAAUUCCACACAAACCAGGUGUUAGACAUAUUCGGCCACGAUUCGGAGAUGGAAUAUUAUAAACAAAGGGAAAGGAACAGAGCCGGAAGGCAAUAUGAAACACACGCCCCCGAUUAUGAUGUCCGACCGAGGUACGCAGAAAGGAACAGAAGGCGGUAUUCACCGCCGGAACCUAGGUUCCCACCACACAUGAUCGCAAGAUCGAAUUCUUACCACAACAUACAUCCUAGGUAUAUAAAGGAAUCGAGAUUUCCGUAACAUCCGGUUAUAAUUUAGGUGCAUUUUUUUGUUAAUUAUUAAUAAUGACAACAGUUGUUUAAAAUCGUGUGAUAGACUCUCACUAAGUGGACUGAUUGUAAUAAUGGAGAACCUAUUUUUGUACAUCAAACGAGAUUUUUGCUCAAUGUGUUUUUUGUAUCCUACGCGAUAUAUAAGAUUUGUACAGACUUAGAUUAAUCAUAUUUUGUAAAUUAUAAUAAUAAUAAAUUAAUAAAUUAUUUUAUAUAA